AUGAGUAGUAGUGGAAUUAAUGUGGAAGAAAACCUUAAUAGGUUGGAUGAAUUUCACAUUUCUGCACAUUUACAUGUGAAGCCGGCACGUGUGUUGACUCUGCACGGCACACUAGUUGACGUUUUUACUACGGAUGACGCAAAUCCAAGUAUGGAGAUUAGGAGGCAGAUGCUUGAACCGUAUCUAAGAAGAGCCGGAUUCUAUUAUGCGUCUUUGAUAAGGCGUUUUGAAUACGACAACCCAUUGAUUAGCGCUCUUGUGGAAAGAUGGCGUCCUGAGACCCACACAUUCCACCUGCCAUGGGGUGAGUGUACUAUUACUCUGGAGGAUGUUGCUAUGCAGUUGGUGUUACCAAUUGACGGUGAGCCGGUUACCGGCACUCUAAGGUCUUGGAGUAAGUUCUACCAGAAGGAUAUUUGGCAAUGGUGUGAGGAACUCCUUGGUGAAGUUCUUGAUGGACAUGUUGGGACCACGAAGUAUAACAUAAAAUUGAAAUGGCUCAGGAGUAGACUCCAACAGAUGCCUCUUGACUCUCCAGAGGACGCCGUCGUACGGUAUGCACGUUGUUACAUUAUGUAUUUAUUGGGUGGCGUUUUACUUCCUUACAAGGUGAACAACACGGUUCAUGUUCGCUAUCUUCCUCUCUUGGCCAACUAUGACGCCAUUAGUACAUAUAGCUGGGGCAGUGCCGUUCUCUGCUGGUUGUAUAGAGCCAUGUGCCUAGCGAUGGAUUAUAACGUCGAGUGA